AUGGUUAUAGAGACAGCUGUAACCAUAUUGCGAGUUGCCGUAACCACAUGCGUAGGAUUUCUGAUGACAGCGUUUGCGGGCUGGCUGAUUUACUUGUACUUGACCGGAAGCGAUGCUGAUGCUGAUAAACACAAAAGAAGGAACGACAGAUGUCAAGAUAGAUCCAAUGCUGAACCAGAAAGGCAUGCAAAGGACAAGGCGGAAGUUCGGUUGCCCAAACCAGCAGAAAGGCAGAUGACAAGAGACGACGAAUAUCGAAGAAGUGUCAACAAUGUGCCGGAAAGGCGCCAUGGGUAUCAAGAUAGACCAAAUGACGAGCCAGAAAGUUCAGCAGUAUUGUUGACCGCUGUUGCCGCCGGUGCCGCUCUGUUCCUCGGAGGGCUGAUGAGCUACCGACAUUGGCGAAGUGUCGAUGAUGAUAAUGAUGAUGAUGAAAGGUUCCACGAAUUGCGAGAAUCGGCCGUCCCUCAUCGCCCUGUACAGGAAUUCUGUGGUUAUGCUCGUGGGGGCAACUACCGAGUUGGAGGCAAUUUCUUGCCCGAAAGCCCAUCAAACCCUGUCAAAAGAUCGGUAGUCCCAGACUGGUGUGAAGACUUGUCUCUCACGGAGCAGUUGAAGGUGUACCAUGAAAAGAAACUGAAACUCGAUGACGAACAAACAAAGUGCGCCGAAGAGUUGGUUAGAAGAUACAUUGGGGCUAUAAUUGACAGUGUCAAGGAACAAAUAGAUGCCGGCAGGCCUCAACGGGCCAACCGCUGCCGGAUAGAGUACACAGGCAGUAUGUACGAGGGCACCAAAUUUGGUCAACCAGACGAGUUUGACAUCAUGGUCGUGAUUGACGGAUCAGAAGAUGUCGAGGGCGAGGAGAUGACUCCCGGCUACGCUAGGCUCCAAGCCUGGCAGCACCCUCACCGGUUUUCUAGGUGUCUCGAUGGAUACCAAAACAUCAACCCGACAAAGAUGCUCGACUGGUUCUAUGGACUUGUGCAGAGAGGGGUCAACAAGGUGUCAAGCGCGACCUGGAGUCCUGUUUCAUUGAGUGUCUCCCGCCACGGACCAGCCGUAAUGGUAAAUAUAAAUGAAAGGUAUGGCUUGUCCAUAGACGUGGACCUGGUCCUGUGUAUCCAGCUGGAUCAGACAUACUACGUCGCCAAACCGUACAAGCCGUACGCGGACGAACCUCCGGACUGGUCCCUGAGGUACGAUCCUGCCAUGCUGUGGAGACAGUCCUUCUCUGUCUACGAAACCAGGAUGAUAUCAAGGAUCGACAGAGCCAACGAGUGCCGUCGUGACUGCCUCCGUGUCCUGAAGAGCGUGUUCCGGAGGGAACCAGGCCUGGACAAGUUCACGUCCUUUCACCUGAAGACUGUCCUGCUGCGCAUGUGUCAAGAAGAGGACCAAUGGCAGAGCAGCAAGAUGGGCGAUCGUUUCUUGGACCUGCUGAGGAGGAUCGAGUCGUGUCUGCGAGACAGACGUCUGCCUCACUUCUACCUGCCUGAACUGAACCUGUUGGACGGCAUACGUCGCGAGACCAUCGAAAACAUGCGGUUCCGCAUCAAACGUCUGAUAGACAGCGAACAUGAGAGAAACAGAGUGCUCUCACUAGGAUUUCGCCAAUAAGUACCACCAGUUCCUGCAAUCUUGUAGGUUUUCGAUGGAUGAGGUUUGCAAGAAUGCUAUAAUGUCUAAGGCACAUUUCAGUAAUCAGCUUUUUCACAUGAUAUCAAUCCCAGGACUCCUUUCUAUCCUACUCUACUCUACUGUACUCUACUCUACUGC